AUGGCGUCCCUCUGUCCAAAGGGUGAGCUAUGGCGGUCCAAGAAGAUGCAGCUGGUGCAGCUGAUUGUACAGAACGAUGCGGCGCACGCUGUCAUGUCUCACCUGGGCGAGCUGGGAAAGAUGCAGAUGCGUGACCUCAACGCCGGCACCUCCUUCUACAAGCGCUCCUUCGUGGACGAGGUUCGCGAGUGCGACGAGCUCGGCCGCAUCCUGCGCAGCAUUGGCGACGAGCUCGAUGCGGCCGGCAUCAAGCCUGCGCAGACGCGCGUUGACGUUCUCGAGCUUCCCGAGCUUGGCAAGGUCGACACGCAGCUGCGCGAGGUGGAGGUGGAGCUUGAGAGCCUCAAGGCGUCCCAGGCCCUCUUCGAGAAGAACCACAACGCCCUCGAGGAGCAGGCCAUCGUGCUCGCGAUGGGCAAAAACUUCUACAACACUGGCGAGGGGGCGCUCGCCUCCCGGGAGCUCGAGGCCGACAACGAGCUCCUCUCCCUCUCCGAGUUUGGCGCGCCGAGCAGGUGGCGCGGUCACCGCCCCUCUCCGGCCCCGCCGCCGCCUCUCACCGGCCCUCCCCGCGCCCUCAGCUCAAUGCUCGGCGUCGUGGCCGGUGUCGUCAAGACGGAGUUCGUCGCCUCGCUCGAGCGCAUCCUCUUCCGCGCCACGCGCGGCAACUGCGUCUUCCAGCAGAAGCGGAUCAAGAAGCUGCUCCUCGACGCCGGCACCGCCAAGGACGGCCCCGAGCUCACGCAGAAGAGCUUCUUCAUGGUCUUCUUCACUGGUGGCGUGCUCGGGGACAAGGUGUCCAAGAUUGCAACCUACUUUGGAGCCACCCUGUACAAGUACCCCGACCUGCCGGGGGAGCACGCGAGGAUGGUGGUCGAGGUCGACCGGCGGCUCACCGAGUCCUCCGAGGUGCUCGCACGCUCGACGGCCAUCCUCAACAAUGCGCUGCAGAGGUGCGCGCACGACUAUGCGCUCUGGACGCACGUGGUGGGGCGCGAAAAGAUGGUCUACGACGCGCUCAACAAGUGCGAGUUCGACAUCAAGCGCCACGUCUUCAUCGCAGAGGGCUGGGUUUGCACAGACGAGUACGAGAUGAUCCACGCCGAGCUCCAGCGAGCGGCAAUCUCGCGCGGCCUCGACACGCGCCCCAUCAUGAACCAGCUGCGGUCGCGGCUGACCCCUCCCACCUACGUGCCGACCAACAGCUUCACGAGCGGGUUCCAGGCGCUCGUCAACACGUACGGCACGCCGCGCUACCGCGAGGUGAACCCGGGCGCCUUCUGCUGCAUCCUCUUCCCCUACCUUUUCGGCAUCAUGUUUGGCGACUUUGGGCACGGCCUGCUCUUUGCCCUCUUUGGGCUGUACCUCAUCUCCAAGGAGAAGGAGUGGGAGGGCAAGGACCUCGGCGACAUGCUCGAGAUGGUGUACGGUGGCCGCUACAUCUGCUUCCUCAACGGCGUCUUCGGCGCCUUUGUCGGCCUCCUCUACAACGAGGCGUUCGCCUUCCCGAUGGGCUUCUUUGGCACCUCUCGCUGGUUGGGCCCGGGGGGCGAGACGUGCGCGAAUGGCGAGGACUGCGAACUCUCGCCCGAGCUGGGAAUCUACCCGGUUGGGAUCGACCCCAUCUGGCACGUAACGGAGAACAAGAUCACCUUCUUCAACUCGCUCAAGAUGAAAAUCUCGAUCGUGGUCGGCGUGCUGCAGAUGUCGCUCGGCGUCUUCCUCUCGCUGCUCAACCACCUCGAGUACAAGGACUACAAGAAGGUUGUCUUCCAGUUCAUCCCCGAGAUUGUCUUCUUUGAGGGCAUCUUCGGCUACCUCGUCCUAACCAUCUUUUACAAGUGGGCGACGGACUGCGGGCCCGACGGUAGCACGGUCGGGAGCUACGUCGACAAGCUGGGUCCGAACGCCGGGCAGCUCAAGGUCUGCAUCUCGCCGAUGCAGUCCUCCAUCCAGGGCACCCUGCUCAUCGCCGCCUUCUGCGCCGUGCCGGUGCUGCUCCUCGCCAUCCCGUUCAUCGAGAUUUACCAGCACUCGGGCAAGCGCGGCAACCAGUCGUACGCGAACCUCGACGAUGACACCGACGGCGCCCAGCCGGCCCCAGCCGGAGAGGAGCACCACGAGUUCUCUGCCGGCGAUGCCUUCAUUCACCAGGGCAUCCACACGAUCGAGUUUGUGCUCGGCGGCAUCUCAAACACGGCGUCGUACUUGCGGCUCUGGGCGCUCUCGCUCGCGCACUCGCAGCUCGCCGAGCUCUUCAAGGACAUGAUCCUUGGCUCGGGCCUCAAGUCGCGUAUCGAGAACCCGUAUCUCGCAGCGUUCGUCCUCUUCAUCGCGUUCUCGAUGUGGGCCAUCAUCUCACUCGUGGUGCUCAUGGCGAUGGAGAACCUCUCCUCCUUUCUGCACGCGCUGCGGCUGCAGUGGGUCGAGUUCCAGAACAAGUUCUACUACGGUGACGGCCAAAAGUUCUCGCCCUUCACCUUUGCGGCCAUCGGACAGGCGGAGGAAUAA